CUAGGGCCUCCUACUUCCUCCCUACACUCUUCUCGUCCAGCUGAAUCUGCCAUUGAGCCCGUAUACUGCUUCAUUCUGUCUCGCCAUGUCCAAGACAGAGCAAAAGGCCUGCCUCAUCGUUAUUGAUGGGUGGGGUAUCCCCUCCGAGGAGAGCCCCAAGAAUGGCGAUGCCAUUGCCGCCGCCGAGACGCCCGUGAUGGACGAGCUUUCCAAGAGCGAGACUGGAUUCACCGAGCUUGAUGCCUCAUCCCUGGCGGUGGGACUGCCUGAGGGCCUGAUGGGCAACUCUGAGGUCGGCCACUUGAACAUUGGCGCGGGACGUGUUGUCUGGCAGGAUGUUGUCCGCAUCGAUCAGACGAUCAAGAAGGAGGAAUUCGCUUCCAACGAGGUUCUCAAGAAGACGCUUGAGGGUGUUGUGAGCGGCAAUGGCCGUCUGCACCUCUGCGGUCUGGUUUCUCACGGUGGUGUGCACUCCAAGCAGGAACACCUGUACGCUAUCCUCAAGGCCGCCAAGCAGUACAAGGUCCCCAAGGUUUUCAUCCACUUCUUCGGUGACGGCCGUGAUACCGACCCCAAGUCUGGCGCUGCUUACAUGGAGGAGCUGGUUGACUUCAUCAAGGAGCUCGGCCUUGGAGAGAUUGCCACCGUUGUCGGCCGAUACUACGCCAUGGACCGUGAUAAGCGAUGGGAGCGUGUUGAGAUUGCUCUCAAGGGCCUUGUUCUCGGUGAGGGGGAGGCAAGCGAGGACCCCGUCGCUACUGUAAAGGCGCUCUACGAAACAGAUGGCAAAAACAACAGAGAUGAAUUCCUUCUCCCCAUCAUUGUCGGUGGUGAUGAGCGCCGUAUCAAGGAUGACGAUACCGUCUUCUUCUUCAACUACCGAUCCGAUCGUGCGCGACAAAUCACUCAGCUCCUCGGCGAUGUUGAUCGAUCCGUGCUGCCCGACUUCCCCUACCCCAAGAUCAACAAGCUCGUUACCAUGACUCGAUACAAGACUGACUACCCCUUCGAUGUUGCUUUUGAGCCUCAGAAGAUGGACAAUGUCUUGGCUGAGUGGCUUGGAAAGCAAAAUGUUGAGCAGGUGCACGUUGCCGAGACUGAAAAGUACGCUCACGUCACCUUCUUCUUCAACGGUGGUGUUGAGAAGGUCUUCCACCUCGAGACUCGGGACCAGGACCAAGAUCUUGUCCCCUCCAACAAGGCAGUUGCGACCUACGACCAGGCUCCCGAGAUGUCUGCGGAUGGCGUCGCCGACCAGGUUGCCAAGCGUCUGGCAGAGCAGAAGUUCCCCUUUGUCAUGAACAACUUUGCUCCCCCCGACAUGGUUGGACACACCGGUGUCUACGAGGCCGCCAUUGUUGGCUGUGCUGCUACCGACAAGGCUAUCGGAAAGAUUCUGGACGCCUGCAAGAAGGAAGGCUACAUCCUGUUCAUCACUUCCGACCACGGCAAUGCUGAGGAGAUGAAGUUUGCCGACGGAAAGCCCAAGACCAGCCACACCACCAACAAGGUGCCUUUCAUCAUGGCCAAUGCUCCUGAGGGAUGGAGCCUCAAGAAGCAGGACGGUGUCCUCGGUGACGUUGCCCCUACUAUCCUGGCUGCCAUGGGCCUGCCCCAGCCUGAGGAGAUGACGGGCGAGUCUCUUCUGGCUAAGGACCUCAAGAGGGGCGCUGCUGAGUAAAGAGACUUGAUUGGGAAAACGAUACCACGUAAAACAAAUUACAGAUAGAAUGAUUUGGUGAGCAUUACUAGAGGCGAAGUAGGAGUAGGGAUAGAAGAAAGAUGAAUUAAGGGCGUGAAGAUUUUCCUUUUAUCAUAGAAACGACAAAUAUGAAAUAUGUAUUACCCAGGCAUGAACGUUCAUUAUAAAAGGCGGCAGAUGGAUAGAAGAAAGAUGAAUAAGAGCAUGAGAAUUUAUAUUCCAGUACUACGUUAUGUAUUUUGAGCAUCUGUUAUCAAAGACAGUAUCUGGAGUAUGAAUAAUGCAGCUGAAUAGCUCUGGUGAACAGCCUUUCUACUAGUAGUACCUACUACAGAUGAAGAUUCGAAUUGAAUGGGAAACAGUGCGAGACACGCGCAGCCAGAUGUCUCGGAUCAUGAUAGUUCCGAGGACUGACCCCGGGAAACACCACUGGCCGAUGACAGUCAAAAAACAAGAUCUGCGCCCACCAGGCCUUGCG